ACAACUUAUCUACCGCUGUAGGAGACUUCACAGUACACUGAUGCAGCCCUUUCGCACCAAAAACAUGCAGGCAAGAAUAGAUAUUUUACUGUGAAGAAUUAUUGCAAAGUUAAUGGACUUCAUGACAUUCUUUCGGAUACAUCGAAAGUAGGCUACCUUUUCUUUUUACUUUUUUAACCAUUGUAGGGUGCAAUGAGUGAAUAACUUUCUACCGGGAUUAAUAACAGAGGAUUCUGGGAGAACAACAACAAUCAAAGGUUCUGAAGUCUGAACGCACCCUGGUCCUGACUUUUGACCUCUAGCCAUGUCUCAGAGUAACCCCUCCUUCCAGCUCCUCCAGGCUCUGAGGAAGUCUCCCGCCGUGUUCCGCCGCCGGUUCCACCUCCAGCCCAACCGCAUCGCUACCCUCUCCCACGGGGAUCCCCUCUACAAGGUGCUCUACCUGGGCACUGAGAAAAUCUACUCCCUCGAUCUGGAGCAGGCCCAGGGGGCCAUAGGCCUGCUGCUCCAGCAGUGGGCCCCAGAGGCCCCUGAGAAACGGUGCAAGGAGCAUGCUCUGGUGUUGCGGCGGCGUUACAUAGAGGUGAAGGAGAUUGCCACGGGGAGACAGCUCGCUAAGACCUAUCUGAGAGACAUUGCGUUCUGCGCGGCUGACACCAAGCACCCCAAUGUGUUCCUGUACAUCUGUAAGCAGCAAGGCCAGCAACUGCAGUUACAGUGCAGGGUAUUCUGGUGCACCAGUGCUGAGAGAGCUAAGGACAUCACCGCUUGUCUGGCAAGGAGCUUUCAAACGGCUCUUAGUGAUUGGGAUGGGCAGGGAAGCGAGACCAAUCACAUGGAGGAAGGGGAGGGAUCAUCGGAGGUGGAUGGACUGUCAGUCAUCACGAGCCUUCAUCCUAAUACCUCCUCUGCUCUAUCAGGAGAUCUAAGGACAGACAGGUCGCAGGAGGAGGAGGAGGGGUGUGGCUACUCCGUGUCCUCUCAGAGCGAUGAGAAAGGAGAGGACAGGCAGCACCACCACCAAUGACGGCACACAGUCAACCAUUGAUAUUUGACUUUGACUCUCUCUGCCAACUGAUAAUCUAUUGGGCCUAGCAGAGCCUCACUAGCUCCUGCAGUGCCCACCAGUGUUGAAGAAUGGACCACUGCCAAACUAAGCUUGGAGUGUGUAUUUCUGUAUUACCAAAUGAGGAAAGACAAACUUCACACACCAGUCCGAGUUAUACUUAAACUAUAUCUUUAAUAACAAGAGCUUUGCAUUAGCACUUGACUUUCAACGAUUCGCCAUUUCUAAUGAACCGUUGAGUGUCAACACAAUGGCUACUGAGAUCUUUUAUAGCAAAGAUCCACCCCCCUUUGACAUGACAAACCACAGAUAUUUAGGAACUGCUCACAAAGAAAGACUUUUACUUGUGAGAGGAGUAUCCCAUAGCCAGGUAGCAUUCGCUAUAAAUUAUCGUUCAGUUUGGUCCCUAAGACGAGGUUCUAAUCUCGUUCCUGGUACUUCAUACUACAAAAACACCAACUCAUCCGAUGGCAUAUAUCAAUUGUGAAUCUAUGAUCGUAUGCUAUCCAUUUGUUUUUUGUAUGCUGUUCUUUGUAUUCCAUUUUAAUAUUUGAUCAUUAACCAAUGAUAUUAGGCCACUCUUGGCCAUGACUACAGACACCUGUGUGUCUUUUGACACUAUAUAAACGAGUCAUCCCGCAGUGUUCGUGAUUAUACCCUGAUGAAGACAGCUUGCCUGUCGAAACGUUGGAUAUUACAUUUUUGCAUCUGAGCUCUA